CCACUUCACCUUGUUUCUAUUAUCCCAAAUCACCUUGUUUCUAUUAUCCCAUAUCCCACUUCACCUUGUUUCUAUUAUCCAAUAUCACCUUGUUUCUAUUAUCCCAUAUCCCACUUCACCUUGUUUCUAUUAUCCCAUAUACCACUUCACCUUGUUUCUAUUAUCCCAUAUCACCUCGUUUCUAUUAUCCCAUAUACCACUUCACAUUGUUUCUAUUAUCCCAUAUCACCUUGUUUCUAUUAUCCCAUAUACCACUUCACAUUGUUUCUAUUAUCCCAUAUACCACUUCACCUUGUUUCUAUUAUCCCAUAUCACCUCGUUUCUAUUAUCCCAUAUCCCACUUCACCUUGUUUCUAUUAUCCCAUAUACCACUGCACCUUGUUUCUAUUAUCCCAUAUCCCACUUCACAUUGUUUCUAUUAUCCCAUAUCCCACUUCACCUUGUUUCUAUUAUCCAAUAUCACCUUGUUUCUAUUAUCCCAUAUCCCACUUCACCUUGUUUCUAUUAUCCCAUAUACCACUUCACCUUGUUUCUAUUAUCCCAUAUCACCUCGUUUCUAUUAUCCCA